CUGGAGGGAAGCAGAACAGAACACAGACAGCUCAUAUACUCUCAUCAUGUCAGACGCCAUCACCCUCCGCACCCGCAGGUUCCUCACCAACCGUCUUUUGCAGCGUAAGCAAAUGAUUGUCGAUGUCCUACACCCAGCAAAGGCCAACGCCAGCAAGGCCGAGGUUGCCGAGAAGCUCGCUCAGAUGUACAAUGUCGACAAGCAAGCCGUCAGCACAUUUGGUUUCCGCACACAGUUCGGUGGCGGCAAGUCGACUGGCUUUGCCCUCAUCUACGACUCCGUCGAUGCUCUUAAGAAGUUUGAGCCACACUACAGGCAGGUCCGUGUGGGUCUCGCCACCAAGGUCGACAAGGCUUCAAGGCAGCAAAGGAAGCAGCGCAAGAACAGGGAGAAGAAGGUCCGUGGCACCAAGAAGGGAAAGCCAGCUUCCAAGAAGGACAAGUAGAACUGCUUAUAUGUCUUGCUCUUUCACUUCAUUGCAUUGCAUCUACCUUA